GUUUAACCAGAUGUGCACAUUAGGCAUGAUUCGAGCAGCUGCAUCCCGUUGCGUUCCUCUACGACACGUUGGCUUUGGCUUUACCCCCGUCACUCCUUGCUUGGCAGGAGUUCCACAGCCAUCCUCCCUCCAUGCACCCAACACACGCUUCCCUCUCCAAGUCCGUUGGGCAACAAAGAAAUCCGGCGGUUCGUCAAAGAACGGGCGAACUUCUCAGCCAAAGUUCCUCGGUUUCAAAGCACUCCACAGUGCAAAAGUAGAGCCAGGCAAUAUUAUCAUCAGACAGCGGGGAACGCAAUGGCAUCCGGGAACAAAUGUGGGCAUUGGCCGUGACCAUACACUGUUUGCCCUUGUUCCGGGACGAGUUGUCUUGCACUACGAUCUCGCCAAGCAACGAAAAAUCGUGUCAGUGGAUGACGGUACCUUGCCACCAUUACCAUCCCGACCAGAGAUGAAGAAGAGACUGGCAGAGAGCUUGGACCUAGAGAAAUAUCUGGAUAUGGACGGAGAGGGUCGAUUGGCAUAUGUCCAACAGAAGAUCAAGGAGAUUUCAGAAAAGGAUAAUAAAGAGAGAAAGGCUGCGCUUGAGACGAGAUUGAUGGAAAAGGGACGGCGAAAGUUUGACAUGAUCGACUUGACUUUCCUGUGACGGCAAUGUAGAUUUUUUUCAUUUUCAACUUAUUAAUAUACCUGUGCUAUUUAUUGGUACAAGCAACCUCGAUA